AUGUCUCAAAGAUCUUCAGUCGAUUAUUCGAGCGCCAGUAUGCCGAAAGCCAGCAAAUUAGAAUACUUUAAAUGCACACAAUGUCGUAAAGACAGACAAAAGUGUGUCCCGCGUGAACGCCCAUGGCCAGGAGUCAAAUGCGAUAGAUGCAUCAAAUACGGCUAUGCAUGCUCUGCAAAUGUUUCGAAAUCUGGAGAAGAGCCACCGGUCUAUCGUACUCGAGGAAUGCCACACUCUCAGUCAACUUCUACCUCGAGGGCAAUGGUACCUCCGGAAAUGUACUCUACAGGAACAAUGGUCCCAACUUUACCAAGUACCACUCUUGGAGAUUACCUAGCUGAUCCGGCCUUAUAUGCUGCGACACUUAGUAUGUCGACAUCUCACAUCACCUCGACUCACCGGUCACCUCCUGCGCUUUCGCGAUCCCACUCAAGCUAUGACUUCGUCCAACCAAAUAUGCUACAGGCUCCGAUAGUUGCCUUUGACUGGCUUCUUACUUUAAACUUUACAAACUACGUUUACGGGUACAAUUACCUCGCUGUUGAAGAUAAUAACGCAAUCCGAAGGCUAUACAGAUCCUUAGAGAAGCGUAAAAACAGUAUGGCUCGCCACAGCAUGUACGAAAUGACCGGGCAAGUGGACAACUUCUACCAAGAGGUCGCAGGAUCUGGACGUCGCUCGUCGUCUCACUGGGAAUACCAACAAAGCCCACCUGGAGCGAUGCCAACAAAUCCGAUCGCUCACGAGGAUAAGAGAGGAGCACGGUGGCAGUCUUUAGUUGAUACCUUAUCCCCAGAGAUCUUAUUGAUCGACCCAUACGCCUCAAACACCUUUUUAAGUACAUUAGAGCACGGAACAGACGAUGAUUUCGAAUUAGCCAAGGCAUCCGUAUGCAGUGCAGGGAGUCGCACUUGGGAAAUAUGUUUGAAACUAACCGGAGUUCACAAAAUGAUCGAGGACCUUGAAGAAGGGAAAACAAAUCUCGCACCCGAAGUUCGCAAAUGGAUCGCAGGUGAAAUCCAACGAAGAGUUCACGACGCAAUCCCAUCUGUGUAUGCCGGCUCUUCCCGAGGAAGUGUUCACAGUUUGCACAGCGAAAUAGGAGUCGACAUCGAAUAA